AUGUCGUCGCUGGAACAGAGGCUGUCGCGAAUCGAGGAGAAGCUAAAGCAGGAAAAUGAGGAGGCUCGCCGAAGAAUCGACCUCAACAUUGACAUGAGCCCGCAGCGGUCACGUCCCAGGCCCAUCAUCGUGAUCCAGCUCAGUCCUGCUCCAGCCCCUUCACAGCGUGCAGCACUCCAGCUACCCCUGGCCAACGAUGGAGGCAGCCGGUCGUCAUCCUCAGAGAGCUCGCCUCAGCACCAGCCCUACCCCAGCCGCCCACGACACAUGCUCACCUUACCCACGCCACCAUACGGUCUACAGAAGAGCUUAGAGAAUGCAGAGAUUGACCAGAAGUUGCAGGAAAUCAUGAAACAGACGGGCUAUCUGAAGAUUGACGGUCAGCGGCAUCCAGCAGAGGUGGCGGACCUCAUCAGUGAGGGAGAGAUCGGCAGCGGGACCUGCGGACAGGUCUUCAAAGUACGAUUCAGGAAGACUGGCCACGUCAUUGCCGUCAAACAAAUGCGUCGUACAGGAAACAAGGAUGAGAACAAGAGGAUCCUGAUGGACCUGGACGUGGUGCUGAAGAGUCAUGACUGCCCUUACAUAAUCCAGUGCUACGGUGCCAUAGUCACCAAUACGGAUGUUUUCAUUGCGAUGGAGCUGAUGGGAACGUGUGCUGAGAAGCUGAAGAAGAGGAUCCAGGGCCCCAUACCGGAGAGAAUUCUGGGAAAGAUGACUGUGGCAAUAGUGAAAGCAUUGUUAUACCUUAAAGAGAAACACGGCGUCAUCCACCGGGACGUCAAACCUUCCAACAUCCUCCUCGAUGAUAAGGGUCAGAUCAAGCUGUGCGACUUCGGCAUUAGCGGUCGCCUCGUCGACUCCAAGGCAAAGACUCGGAGCGCUGGCUGUGCUGCCUACAUGGCGCCUGAAAGAAUAGACCCUCCAGAUCCCACCAAACCCGACUAUGACAUCCGAGCGGACGUGUGGAGCCUUGGCAUCUCUCUGGUGGAGCUAGCCACGGGACAGUUUCCCUACAAGAACUGUAAGACAGACUUUGAGGUUCUGACCAAAGUGCUGCAGGAAGAUCCUCCUCUCUUGCCCCUCGGCAUGGGUUUUUCCCUCGACUUCCAGUCCUUCGUCAAAGACUGCCUCACAAAGGAUCACAGAAAAAGGCCAAAAUAUCACCAGCUGCUGGAGCAUAGUUUCAUCCGCCGCUAUGAAGUACUGGAGGUGGAUGUGGCGGGAUGGUUUCAGACCGUGAUGGAUCGCACUGAAUCGCCUCGCAGCAGCCAGUGUUACAGCCAUCAGCAUAUGCUCCACUCGCUCUUCAGUAGGUAGCCUAAACCUCCACCAGUCUGGCACCAUCUUAGCCAUACGCUAGACUAGCCAAGCUUGAGCCUUGCCCACCCCAGUCAGUCUGUAAGUCUAGCCAUAAAGCGGCGGCGCCCCGGCUCUUAACCCAUUGUAUUUUAUUUUAUCAUUUUUUUUCCCAUCUGUCCACCUGAGAACCUGAGGAGAGCCCGUUAAGGACGGGAGACAGAGACUCAGCUGAGGAAGGACAGAUGGAGUAAUGGACAGAGGGUGGACUGACGGAGGGAUGGAUACAUGACAAAUGCGGUCUCAUUUAGCGAGUUGAAUUUGGGGUUUUCGGACAAGAAGAGGGAACGGGGAGAGGUGCACACGGCAGUUGGCCUCAGUCUUUCGCACUCUGUGUCAAAUACGCCGUUAUAUCUGUGCGUUACCACGACACCCGCGGACAAACCGUUUAACCCGGGCUUACGCGUUGCCUCUAGUUUUUAGUAGCUCUCCUCCUGUAUGUCUGUUUUUAACGUUAAUCCAAGCCAUUUGGAUUAGUCAACAGAGUAGUCACAACACACUGGAAAGAAAUGUCUGCUACUUAGCAAACACAACUUGCUCUUGUACAUAAAUGACGAUGAAGGAAAAACCGUCAGGUGCAAUUAGGAUUCUUCAGGUGUUCCUAUUAUCACGUUCUCAGGCCGAGUCUAUAUGCGGUUGUGUGUGUAUGAGUGACCUUUUCCAUGCGUAUAUGUAUGAUUAGACACCACCACUCUGUGUUUUUAUCAUUAGUUUAUCCUCACUUAUUAAUCUACCUUCACACUGCAGCUCUAACACACAGUAUGAUUUACAGUAAUCCGCUGGCUGUGCAUUUUUAAUAGGCAUUUACUGCUAGCAAACCGGAUAAAUUUAGCUCACGAAUUAGUUAUAAUUCCAAUUAUUUCACUCAGAGGCUGCUUCAUUGAAAAAAGACAAAACGAUCUUCAAAAAAAUUAGUGCUACAUUGUAACUGUGAAGAGGCUGUGUGUUUAGAAUAGGUUGGACUCACUUUUUUUGGGCACAAAUGCUGUCGCUGUGCACACUGUCCCCGUUUCUGCCAUUGUUCGACCUUCACAGACUUGGAUUUUUAACGGUUUUCUGCCACAAAGGGCCCCGUGCACGAGCCAAUGCGGAAACCAUGACUUGACUUUAAGAGGGAAAAAGGGAAAGAGAGAAAACAGAAGAGUAAUGCAAGAAAGACUCUGGUUAAAAAUGGGUGCGGAGAGCUUUGUCAUAAGGCAAAGAAUACUAACUUGUUCCGUACAAAGCUGAUGAGGUGGAUAUCGUUUUUUACCUGUGGAGCAUUCCUUUACUUUACUCCAUCUACCUCUUUCCUUUGUCCAGCACUCGCGUCUGCCUCUGCAGUUUAGUGUGAUGUGAUGAUCCACACUGUCACCAGACCAAAGGCUGUGCACAAAGAAGACGCUUCUGCGUGCUUUCUGACCGCCAGCAUGUCGGAUUUAUGCAGUUAUGAGGUUUUUAGGAGGAGGGGUGUCAAUCUAUCUGCCUGGGACCUUUAAAAAAAAAAAAAAAGUUUCAGAACUGCGUUCGUUCAGUUUCUGAUCUUAGUGUUUAAGCAUCAACUAAAAGGAUGAAUUCAUAUUCAUUUAAUUUUCUUCUCCCAGACCAGUCAAAUAAAGCGCCUUCUUCUGAGUUAGUAGUAUGAUGCUCGCACUAGACAGUAGAAAUGGUUGUAGCACUAGUUAGUCGUGGUCAUGGGUGAAAACCUCUAUAGGAUUGUUUUGGCAUAAUUUGAGAAGGAAAAUAAAUCAGUCAUCACUAUGAUAUAGGUAAUUAAACUAAUAAUGGCAUCCUUUAUUUAUAUAUAUCUAUAUAUAUCCUAUAAUCAUUAAUAACACCUUGCUAUCUAUUAACGUUAGUAGUGUUAUUGAAUGUUUAGCAGAUUAAUUUUCUUUUGAAUAACUCAUUGACUUUAAUGGUGUUUUAAUCAGUAUUUUGCUAUCCAAGGAAAAACAGCCUGUGUCCCCCAGAUAGUUUGACUUUUACCCUUCUCCGUCCUUGAGCAUUACUAAAAUGAAACUCAGCACGCGAGAAAGAGAAAGAGACGGAUCUAGACAGACACUUCAAAUAGAAGGUGGGACAGAAUGCUAGCGCCUCCCCUCUAGUGGGGUCCACAGCCAAAGGGAACCAAACUACACGCAGACCCGAGGAGCUGCGGCGGAGAGAGGGGAGAGCUAGAAGUCACAGAGACAGAGGGAGAACGGGAAUGUUGUCAGGAUGGGCAGGAAGGAUGAGCGGGAAAGACGGGACGGGAAGAGCUGACGCGGUGAGGCGAGAAGGAAGACGACGAGCGUACAGAAAGUGGGACGGCGGGACUAAGAUAGGUCGGAGACAGGCUGGGGUGUGUCGGCGGCGGGUCGUGGCGAGGGAAGAGGCAAAAAUCAGCCCAGGUUUCACGGGGCUUCCAGGGUUUUAGGCUCUCUGGCUGCCAGAGAAACAAAAAUAUUUUGUGGUGAAACACCAACCUGCCAAUUAUGAUUUUAGAGAGUUAGUGUGUUGUUUUGAAUUCCUGUUGUGUUCAGACCUUGUUUAUUUAUUGACGUUUCUGCUGCUGCUACGUUUUAUUGCUUUAGACGCUGCUGUCACCUACUUUCUCCCAAAGGACGACUAUUUAAAUCUUUUUCUUUGAAGCCAAAUAAAUUGAGUAAUGCAAUGUCUACACGUGCUACCAAAUACAGGUGAGAAAGUCUGUGGAGUGCAAAACGCAAGUCAGAGUAGGCUCCGGAAUAAGUGAGAAAAGGGUAAGGACACGAAACGCAACCGACUGGGACAACAAUGCAAACGCACACCUCUCGACUCUAGCUCUGUGUGGAAUAUGCAUUUCUAUCUCACAACGACGCCACACAACGAUUUUGCUUAGCAUAGAAGUUAUUAUUACACGUGGGAGGGGGGUUAUUUUUUAAAAUAGUUUUUGUAGUUACAUCCAUCCAGAUCCCUGUCCAUCCAUCCCUCCAUCUGUCCAAAGGCUGCCAAGCUUGAUAGUGCACACCAAAGGUGACCACAACAACAAACCAGAGCAUUGUUACAAGUCGGAAUACGCUUUGUAACAUUGUAUUUAACUACUCAGCUAUGAUUAUAUGUGAAAAUGACUCGUAAUUGGAAGAGGGUGUGUGUGUUUGUGUGUGUGUGUGUGUGUGUGUGUGUGUAAGGGGUGGGGUAGUG